AGAUGGAAAGAGGGAGAGAGAAGGAGAAGAAAGUACCGAUCGCUUGUGAACCCCCUCCUCUUCCUCAAGCCGGUUCCAGUGUGAGGAGUAAGCCCUGCCCUGUGUUCAGCUGGCCAGAGGGGUUUCCCAGGAUGUCGUACAGGUCGACCUCCCUGCCUAGACCUGUUGUUAACACUGAGUCUGAUGGAGAGAUGCAGUAUGACACAAGUUCUUUCCACGACCACAAGGACGACCUCCGCAAGCGCCUGUCGUACACCACCCACAAACUAGAGAUGGUGGAGACCGAGUUUGACUCCACCCGCCAGUACCUGGAGACAGAGCUGCGCCGCGCCCAGGAGGAGCUGGAGAAAUUUACAGAAAAACUACGCAGGAUCCAGAGUAGCUAUGCAGCUCUUCAAAGGAUCAACCAGGAUUUGGAGGACAAGAUGCACAGGACGUCCCAGCACCAUGAAGAGGAAAAGAGAGCCCUCAGCCGGGAAAUCAUUGUCCUCAACAACCACCUCAUGGAGGCUAAGAUCACCAUCGAUAAGCUCAGAGAGGACAAUGAUUUGUACAGGAAGGACUGCAACCUGGCAGCCCAGUUGCUGCAGUGCUCCAAGUCUCACUACAGAGCUCACAAGAUGUCUGAGUUGCCACUGGAUUUCCAAGAACGUGUCAGUUCCCACCUCGAGAAACACGACCGUGGUAGUGGAGCCACCAUGGCAAUGUGCCACUCCUCCUACUCAGAUGCUGUGCCCACAUCCAUAAUAGCAAAGGUCUUGGAAAAGCCUGAACCAGGGAGCAGUUGCCCCGUAACACGGUCACCCAGCCCGCAGCCCCAGGAUGGAGAAUUUCUGACGGGAACGGGAAGCACUGACCACCUGAAUCGGCGCAUCUCAUAUAAGACUUCUGACCUGUACUGCAGUGAUACAGCCCUCUACUGCCCUGAACGCUGGCAAGACACAGAGCGCAGGCAGAGCGUUGACCUUCACGGCACCGGGCUGCUCCAAUUCCACGCCCAAAACUCCACUGACAGCAACCCGGAUGAAGAGGCCUACCACUCGGGAAGUUUCUCACACCACGAGCCCCCAUCCUCUUUCCACCACCACGACGAGUUUGGCACUGGCUCCCUCCCUGCCUCCAGUUCCUAUUCUAGUUUCAGCAUUGCGUCGGACGAAAAGGGGGGAAUUAGUGGAGGUUGUGGGCGUACUGCCAGCAGCACCUUAUCGUCUUCCCACCAAGCUCUCUAUAUGGACUGGCGAGAUGGUGGUAGUGGGGAAUAUGAACGCAAAAGUUUGUCCUCUUAUGAUAAAGACAGCCCGAGCUUCUCUAAGGCCCACAGUAUCCAGCAAAUGGUGUCUUCAAGGAGCCCGCAGAAGAGCAACUCACCAGCAUACACACGGACGGCAUCAUGCUUCAGUGAACCAUACCAUUCCAGCACCCCGCGGUUGGCCUCUUCCCACAGCAUGGGUUCGACCUCAGGUUUAGGACAAGCUUGUGGCGGAGGUGUUGACAGCAGAGGUGAUGUCCAUGUCCCUGAGGACGAGCUGAGCAGCCGAUGGAGACAGCUCAGUGUGGAAGACAUCAACACUUUUUCGUCUUCCUAUCGUAACAUCACAGGUCGGGUCUCUCCGUACAGCUUCUCUGAGCGCCACUUUGCCAUGGGCCCUUCCAGUAAAAUCAAAGUCGGGCCCCUCUACAGCAGCUUCCAAGAAGGAGAUGAUGUCUUCCACGGCCGUGUGCUGGAACAGUGUUUUGCAACGGGCCCCCCUUCACCAAACCGCAGCCCCAGUCCCAGUCCCAGUUCUAAGCAUCCAGGUCUGGGGCAUCGUAAGCAGGAGAAAGCCCCUGGGCUGUACAGGGCCAAGGAGGAUAGCCAGGACUCAGAGUGUAGUCUGUUCCUCUCAGGGAGCUCUAAAGAGAAGGAGAGCAGUGGGGGAGCAACGGCAGCAGGUAGCACCAAGAAGGACUAUGUCAACCUGAGUGCAGACAGUUCAGCUGAGUCCUUACACCAAAGCUCCCUAGAGGCCUCAAGUCUUCAACACUACCCCUGCCCCAGGCCAAUCUCCCGGCCCCGCCCAAGCUCCAGCUCCGCUCUCAGUGUUGGCCCUGCACUCCCAAAGAAGACCUCUCCAAGAUACCAAAAAUUUGGUAGUACGGGACUGACGAGAAAGGAUAGUUUGACCAAGGCACAGCUGUAUGGUACACUGCUUAACUGAGUGGAAAAAAGCUCUUCAGUUUAUGCAUGAUGAUAAUUCCUUACUUACUGUACUGUACCGUAUGUGUCCAAAGUUCCCUGCGGCAAACACAUACAUGGGGUGUUGAGAUGUUGUUGUUUUAUGUAUCUUAGCCAAGGCACGUUUC